AUGGAUCCGGCCAAGCUGAAAUCAAAGGAUUGUGUCCGUCAUUUGGUGGAGGCGCUCGGUGGAUCAUGGGGAAGGCUGGCCAGUGAGGAGCGCUACGACAUGUUCGAAAAGGCACUGUAUCAAACAGUGCAGAAGUCAGAUGAGUCGAAUGACUCAAAUCUGGCGCGGCAUGAUGCAGCGUUUGAUGACCUCUUGGCGGCCAAGGUGACCAUCGAAGAGGAGGACAUGGAGGAGGAAAUCUUUCUUCAAAGUCUUCUGGAGGCUGGCGACGAGGACGCAGUCAUCAUCAAUGAUUUUGAAGAAGCCAUUCUGACAGCUUGCCAGGAAUCGGCCGAACUAGCACCGUGCUUUGCCAGUUAUCAAGAAGCACGUCAAUGCCUGCGAGACAAGGCCAAGUCACGCGGCUUUUGGCCGUUGGGAAGUGGCAAGGGACGCACCAAGGGCAAGAAAGGGAAAUUUGGGGCACCAAACAAGGGCAGCAUGAGCACCAACCAGCAGGCCAACUUCCAUCGUCCUUCAAUCAGCAGCUUGGGAGCCAAAAAGAACUAUGAGAACGAAUCCUUCACGGGCAUCCUUCACGAAGAGGAACAUGGGACUUCCACGGAGUUUGGUGAUGAUCUGAAAUGGGGCGUCGACGUCGUCGAAGAGCUUCCAGAGGAGGCAGUGGCGUAUGAGGAGGACGGGAAUCCAAAGGAUCAAAUUUUGAAUAGACCUCAAGGGGAUUGGAUAAAUGGAGGUGACCAAAUUGGGAAUUUUGAUGGGGUUGUGUAUGAUUGCCUAGUGAGUGUUUCUGCAUUGACACGAUCCCUCACGUCAUGUAUCACCACUCGACCAGCACCAGACCUGCUGCAGAGACCACUCCACCACCCAAUUCUCCAAGGGAGGAAACAUCUCAGACAAAUGCCCAGGUGGCUCCCACAUCUCGAUCUCAAAUGCAGUGCUGAGGGGACUCAAGGGGAUCAUAGAUGUAGAGGGGUGUUAUCUGGGUUUUAA